AUGUUAAGUCCCUGGAUUCGCCAGAAUCGUGUUGAAUUUUUAGCAUUGAGUCCACAUACUGCCAAUUAUUUACUAAAUCAGAGUUUAAAUAAAUGGCAAGUCGUCCAGAAAGAAGGUAGAAAACCGCUUGUUCGAUACUUUAUUCCCAUAUUUCCUGUUCAGAUUCUUCCAGAUUCUUCUCAGAAAAAGAAUUUUCUUAUUGGUGUGCAAGGCGAUUAUGCUCAAGAUAGACGAGAUUACAAGAUGGUGUUUAAUCGCUUUGAAAGUCUUCUCAAAUCUAGUAACUCAUCUAUCGUGACUGCAAAGCCAAUAGCAAAAGUGACGAAGCAUAACAUUUAUUUACAUAUUGUCGGUCGAGGUACCCCACCAAAAGUUCCCCAAGCCAUUAAGAAUAAUGUUGUCUUUGAUAAAGAACUCAACUAUGUCGAUUAUUAUACUAUUCUCUCUCGAUGCUUCGUUCUCUUGCCAGCCUUUUCAACGUCUCACUAUCUUGAUCGAAAAGCUUCGUCGACGAUACCAGCAAGUCUGAUUGCCGGAGUACCACUCGUUGCAACAAAACAAAUCAUUGAUACUUAUGCUUAUCUCAACGAAGAUAUGGUUUGGCUACAAGGAUCUAAUGAAACAGAUUUUGAUGUGAUUGAACGUGUGUUAAAGUUAAGCAAUGAGCAUCGACAAGCAAAGAUUGAAAAGGUCAAAGCCUAUCAAUUGUCUAUCCUUGAAAACAAUACAAAAUUAGCAAGAGUGUGGACAAUAGAAGCCCUCAAAAUGAUUGGAGUGAAUAUAUCACUGUUUUAA